UGGAUGAGACGACGAAACCUGCACAUCAUCACGGCGGGACUCCUCACCUACUCUCCUGACGACCGCUACAGAGUGCUGCACCCGGGGAACACGGACGAGUGGACGCUACACAUCAAGUACGCCCAGCCAGGGGACGGUGGCUGGUACGAGUGUCAGGUCAACUCUGACCCCAAGAUCACCAGGCCUGUCCUCCUCAUUGUCAAGGACAAGAAUAUGGACGACCCGUUCUACCAGCUGGAGGCCUCUGACAAUGGUACCCAGGUACACAUCUCGGGGGCUGAGGAACGGUACAUCCAGGAGGGCAGCGUGCUGGCGGUGACCUGUACCGUCGCCCACCACCACAUGAAGGGUCCUCACGCCGUGGUGUGGUACCAGGGCGCCCGCAGACUGGACUACGAUGCUCCGAGAGGCGGAAUAGCUCUCCAGACAGAGAAGGCGCCGAGCAGAACGGUGAGCAGGUUGAUGUUGUCAGCGGUCACCCCCAACGACUCUGGCAGAUACACCUGUCGACCAGAUACUGGCGGAGUCUCGUCCGUCUCUGUGCACGUCCAGUCUGGUAGGUGA